UGUGUGUGUCGGUGCUGCUGGAUUCCGGUGGUAAUACUGUUUGUUUGUUGAUACAGUUCGAGCGACCCUGGCUGUGCGGGGGCCACCGGAGGGAGCAGUGUGUUAGGUCGCCGGAGGAUUAGGUCGCCGUUGUUUAGGUUUGUUUUGUUUUUUUGGGUGAAACAUGGCGGCGGUGGGGAUGGGGCUGAGCGGCCCGGCGGUGGCCCGGCUUGAGGGCCGCGAGUUCGAGUACCUGAUGAAGAAGCGCUCGGUGACGGUGGGCCGGAACUCCUCUCAGGGCUCGGUGGAUGUGAGCAUGGGCCACUCGAGCUUCAUCUCCCGCAGGCACCUGGAGCUCUUCACCGCCGGGGACGACGACGACGAUGAAGAGGAGGAGGAGGAGGACUUCUACCUGCGCUGCCUCGGCAAGAACGGGGUGUUCGUGGACGGAGUGUUUCUGCGGAGAGGGGCUCCUCCGCUACAGCUGCCCCGAGUGUGCACAUUCCGUUUCCCCAGUACGAGUAUAAAGAUCACGUUCACGGCGUUGGGGCGGGGCAAGAAGGACGCGAAGGAGGCGGAGUCUCCGGUGAAGGCGGUGCAGCCUCAGAUCUCCCCGCUGUCAAUCAACAUCCCGGAUAACAUCGCACACCUGAUGAGCCCUCUGCCCUCGCCCACCGGCACCAUCAGUGCGGCGAACUCGUGUCCAUCGAGCCCUCGCGGCGCCGGUUCCUCGGGGUACAGACUCGGCCGCAUGGUGUCCUCAGACCUGCACCUGAUCAAUGACACCUCUCACUCAGAGAUGGAUAAAGACGCAUCAGGUGGAGACAGUCCCAAAGACGACUCCAAACCUCCAUACUCGUACGCUCAGCUGAUCGUCCAGGCCAUCACGCUCGCCCCGGACAAACAGCUCACACUCAACGGCAUCUACACACACAUCACCAAGAACUACCCCUACUACAGGAGCGCAGAUAAGGGCUGGCAGAACUCGAUCAGACACAACCUGUCCCUGAACCGGUACUUCAUCAAGGUGCCGCGCUCGCAGGAGGAGCCGGGGAAGGGUUCGUUCUGGAGGAUCGACCCGUCCUCAGAGGGGAAGCUCAUCGAGCAGGCCUUCAGGAAGCGCAGACCUCGGGGAGUGCCCUGCUUCAGGACCCCGCUCGGACCUCUCUCCUCCAGGAGCGCCCCAGCGUCACCCAGCCACUCUGGCGUUCUCUCUGCCCACUCCAGUGGCGUCCAGACCCCAGACAGCCUGUCGCGAGAGGGCUCGCCUGUUCCCUCAGAGACAGACCCCGCCCCUGCUCCGCCCCCUGUCCACUCUGCGGCCAUCCAGCCCAAAAUCGCUGUGAUUCAGGAGGCUCACCUUGCUCAGGCCACGCCCGGUUCUCCAGUGAGCAGUGCUCCAGUGCUGAUAGCGGUCCAGAGACCCGUGGUGUUCACCUCCUCGUCCUCGUCUUCUUGCUCGUCCUCCACGGUGGCCCCUCAGACCCUGAUGCAGACGCUCCACGUCCUCCAUCAGAUCCCUGUCAGCGCUGCUAAACCUCCGCACGCACCGCAGGAGAACGGAGCCACGAACUCGGAGGGAAAAGUGAAAGUUGAAGCCGUUCCCACCAUCACUCACACCUCCAUAGGCUCGGCCAAUCGGAUCAUACAGGGCGGCGUGGCCACGCCCCUCCAGACGGUCACCAUCGUGCAGCAGGCGCCGCUGGGUCAGCACCAGCUGCCCAUCAAAACCAUUGUGCAGAACGGCACACACACGCUGCCCAUCGCUACGGCCAGCACGGUGUCCAGUCCGCUCCACCUGUUAGCGGCGCACGCCUCCGUCUCCGCGUCCCUGCCCACUAAACGACAGAACGGAGAGAGCGAGCCGCUGGAGAGCAAACGACAAAAAACAGAGGAGCAGCAGCAGCGUGUCAUCUCCUCCUCCGACCCGAACGGAACGGCCAACAUGGACACGCCCACCGCCGCCGCUGCCAGUCACGACUAGGCAUUAACGAAACCCCAGCCCCCCAUUUUUUUUUUUCUCCUUUAGCUCCACCUCUCACUGUCUGUCAUAUUUACCUCCUUCUCUCUCUCUCUCUCUGUUCCCAUGUCCAUUAUUUACAGAUUUCAAUACAAAACUAAAAAAAAAAAAAAAAAACACCCUCAAACGGACGUCCCGGACCAUCUCUGAAGUCGUAACCAUGCCCACUUGUUGGCUCCGCCCACCUGCCUGCUGUAAGGGACUUCUAUUCCGUUCACGCCGAGGGGCGUCAUGUCACGUGUCCCGUGUUUCCUGUUUCAUACCAAACACGCUGUGUUCAGCGCAUAUUUAUAUAUUUAUACACACACACACACAUACAUAUAUAUAUAUAUAUAUAUAUAUAUAUAUAUAUAUAUAUAUAUAUAUAUAUAUACACACACACACAAGAGCUGGGCGAUAUGAAUAAUACCACCUAACAGACCACAGUACACAUCAAUCCGCACAUGACGUUUCGAUUUUUUUAAACCCGUUAAGAUCAAUUAAUCAGUUUACGCGAUUGAAACAAAGAGCUGAUUAACAAGUCAACACACUCACACACACUCUCUCUCUCACACAUACACAGACUAUUUUUUCGCUUUAUUUGUCUUGCAUCUUUUUUCUCUUAGUUUUCCCUAAAAAGCGGUAGGUUAUGAUGUCAUCAUAUUGCCCAGCUCCAACACACACACUGACACACACAUGUCCACAGCCAGCCACGACUCCCAUCUGAGAGCCCACCUGUCCCUCCCUCUCUCUCUCUCUCUCUCUCUCUCUGUGUGUAAGAGAGAGAGAGAUAGUAAAGCGAGUACACACACACAGGAGAUAUGCAGUAUUUUGUCAGGUGGAGCACACAUUUUUACAUUUUUUUGUUUGUUUUUUGAGGAUGUUUAUAGACACGAAUUUCCAUUGGAUUACAUGUUCUCCAGAACAGCCUCAGAGGAUGUCUGAAUCGCUCGUCUUCAUGUUCGUUUAGGAAAAUAAUUUUCUUUUUUUUUUUCUUUUUAAAAAUAAUUCUAUAUUGAAUUAAUUGUUAGGUUUUUUUUUUUCAAGUCUGAGUCUGUUUUCUUCUUUUAUACAUAAGAACGAUGUUCGAGAUGUGAUUUCACAGAGCUCUUGCGCAUCCUGAUAAUAACGACACACACCACAGCCAUGUUCAGGAUUUAGACUUCACCCAGCAACCGAACGACCUGCUCCAGAGUACUCACAUGUUGAUUGUAUGUGUCCCUGAGAAUGAAAGUAUGAGAAAAGAAGAAGAAAAAAAAAAUCUUUUUUUGUUCUGCUACAUUGGGAAAAUGCUUCUUUUUUUAUAUAAAUUAAUUUAAACCUUAAA